CAUUUUUGGGCACAGCAUCAUCAGCGCUGACGUGGGAGCUACGUGCGCGAAGGCGAGGCGCAGGCCGUGCACCCAUACUGUCAUUAGUGACGAGUCAGACUACGUAAAAACUUCGCGUCUGUGAUAAUAACCGUGCGUGGUCAUGGAUACGUCGGUAUCAUCUCAGCUGGAGAGCAGCUUAAAUGACUCCAUGACAGAUGGAGAAGAGAAUCUCAGUGAUGCCAGCCCGUCUCCUGCAGCCUCCACUCAGGUUUUGAUAGACGGAGAUCCUUCGGCUGUCGUCCGGCUGUCUGAAGAGCAGACUGCUUCGGUCCAAAGGGUCAUCCAGGCCCCGCAGACCUCCGUUAUCCAGUCACCACAGGUCCAGACUGUUCAGAUCGCCACCGUGGCCGCGCUGGACCAGGACGAGCCCGUUUCAGACACACAGAUGAGGCGGGAGAUUCUCUCCAGGCGUCCGUCUUAUCGGAAAAUCUUUAACGAGCUUUCGUCCAAUUCAUCGGCCGUGCCGAAAAUUGAGGAAGAAAAUCCAGAGGAUGAGGUGCCGGCUUCCAGCAGCCCCUCUGUGCCGGUGCCAAACUCUAUUUACCAGACCAGCACUGGGCAAUACAUCGCGCUCGCUCAGGGGAGAGCCAUCCCUCUGACCAGUUCAGCAGUGGAAGCCCUUCAAGGGGCUCAGACCCUGACCGUGACCAGCUCUCCCACCCCCCAGCCCGGAGCAGCCGUCCUUCAGGCUGCAGAAAGCCCACACCAGUUCUACAUCCAAGGAGGGCAGGUGCUCAUCCAAGCUGCCACAGGAGACAUCCCCGCCUACCAGCUGCGUUCGCCCAACUCGGGUCUUGCUCAGAGCAUCGUGAUGGCUGCAUCGCCGAGCAGCAUGCAGAGCCCGUCGUCACAGCAUGCCGAAGAGAUCACCCGCAAGAGGGAGGUCAGGCUGAUGAAAAACAGGGAGGCGGCGCGCGAGUGUCGCAGGAAAAAGAAGGAGUACGUCAAAUGUCUGGAGAACCGCGUCGCCGUGUUGGAAAACCAAAACAAAACGCUGAUUGAAGAGCUGAAAGCGCUGAAGGACAUCUACUGCCACAAACCUGAGUAGCAGCGGAUGUUUGUGGCCACAGACUAAAGACAGGUUAUAGACUGCUACAGCGUUUAAAAAAAUAGACUCCAGAGCAAAAACUGCUUCAAACGUCGUCGUCUCUUUGCUCACUCAGGCCUGAUUUACGCCAAACGCAGAAGAGUCCUGGAGAGUUCAGACAGCUUCAGCUUGCCAGUUUUUCUUGUUCUUAUUCUGCGCUCUUUGCAUGUGAAGUGUUGUGAACACGGCGCGGUCGUGCACGGAGCGAGGCCGGCCAAUGACAACCAGUCGAAGCAGAGGAGGAACAGGAAGAGGAAGACACGGGUGCUUCCUGGAAGCGUGACGCUCGGGCACAGAGGUUGUGAUAAAAGCUGUCGGCGAGUUUUCACCCCGGUCAGACGAGGUGCACAGAAGGCCUCACAGAUCCAUCACCAGCUGCAACUCCAAGUGUAUUGAACUCGUCGUGUCGUGUGUCGUUUACGCUUCUGUUUUUUUUAGUUGUUGCAUUUUGUUAUCUGAAAGCACAAUUAUUUAAAAAAAAAAAAAAAGCAUCAUCAAGCAUUUUUUAGUGAAACGAUGUUGCAAACGUUACUGUUUUCAUUUGGUCUAUGAGGCUUUGUUGGGGUUAAAAUGAAAAUAUUUUCUAAAACUUGUUAAAAAAAUUAAUAAAUUUAAGAAAAAAAAAACUUUU